UGGUGUUGUUAAUAAAUAAGAACCGGCCUGCAGAGCGGAUCAGUAGUCUUUGGUCGACGGUUCGAUCGUAAAGAUCGAGCAAAACGAAACUAGUGAAAGGAAACUCAGUGACAAACGAAGGAAUACGACUAAACAGUUCUAUAGAAAUAUAAGAAAACGAUUUAGUGUUUUUGAGGGCGGAUUAACAGAAGCAGCGACAUGGUGAACGACGUGACUAACGAGAAAAAACGCACCUACUGCGUGAUUGGUGCCGGAACAGCGGGACUAUGCGCCGCGCGUCAUGCACUACAAGCCGGCGGUGAUAUCACCGUUUUCGAGAUGGGCAAACAGCUGGGCGGUACGUGGGUAUUCAACGAAGAGAUCGACAAGAAUGAGUACGGCAUUGAUGUGCACUCGAGUAUGUACAAGGGUCUGAGGACUAACUUGCCCAAAGAGAUCAUGGGUUACCCGGAUUUCCCGAUUCCGGAGCAGGAUAGCAGCUACAUUCCGGCGGAGGAUAUGCUGAGAUUCUUUAAGUAUUUCUCGGAUUAUUUCGGAAUUACCGAGAAUAUAAAAUUUAGUCACUAUGUGAUCCGGGUGAAGCCCACGAAGGAUGAGAAACAGUGGGAGGUGAUCGUCCGAGAUUGUCCGAACGAUGCACUCAAGACGUACUACUUUGACUAUGUACUGAUCUGCAACGGGCAUUACCAUACUCCAAGGUUACCCAACUAUCCGGGAUUGAAUAUAUACAGAGGGAAACAAAUGCACAGCCAUGACUAUCGAUGUAACGAUCCGUUUGUAGGUGAAACCGUAUUGGUAAUUGGUGCUGGUCCUUCUGGUAUGGAUCUGGCAUACGAGAUCUCCAAGAAGGCAGAGCGAGUCACGUUGAGUCACCAUCUCAAGGACAAUCCCAAGACAGUCUUCCCGGACAAUGUAACGCUGAAACACGAUGUUGCUCGGUUGACCGAAACGGGUGUAGUCUUCGCAGAUGGAUCUUCACAAGACUUUAGCGUCAUCUGCUACGGUACCGGCUACAAGUACACAUUCCCGUUCCUGAGUUGCGAUUGUGGUAUUAUCGUCGAGGACAACUUUGUUCAGAAGCUGUACAAGCACUGCAUAAACAUCCGUUAUCCGACGAUGGCGUUUAUUGGAUUGCCGUUUUAUGUGUGCGCAGCACAGAUGAUGGAUUUGCAGGCUCGGUUUUGCAUAAAGUUCUUCAACGGGGAGAAGCAGCUGCCGUCGCAGGAGGACAUGGAAGCGGAUACCAAUGCCGAGAUGGAGGAACGCUGGCGUAGGGGUAUGAAGAAGAGACAAGCUCACAUGAUGGGACCGCAGGAGGAUCGGUACUACGAUGAUCUUGCCAAGACGGCCGGCGUGGAUCCCAUCAAGCCCGUUAUCAAGAAGUUGCACAAACUCUGCGCCUUUCGGUUUAGUGAAGAUUUGGUCAACUUUAGGAAGGACAAGUUCAGAAUUGUUGACGAUGAGACCUACGUUAAGAUUUAAUAGGGAAGAUGUUAGUGCGUUAAGUUUAUUACUAGAUGUAUAUAUUGUAUGUUAGGUUCAGUUAAUGGAUUGAAAUAAAGAUUUGUUGACCGAUACG